GUUCAGUUGCGUCUCAGUUGGUUUUGUUCUGACUGCAGAAUCUUCAUCUUCAACUCUUUGGACUGUUUGAACAAACUGUGAAGGUGUGUGUGUGAGCUGAUGUGGACGUGAAUUCAGCAGAAUGGACCAGUGUGAGGACGGAGAGGACGGAGAGGACGGAGUCCCUCCCUCUAAAACCUCUCUGUGUGGGGGACAUGAGAGUCGAAGCAAAGCUCAGAGGAAUCAACCUGGACCUGGAUCUGGACCUGGACCUGGACCAGAACCUGGACCUGGACCUGGACCUGGACCCAGCUGUGUGUCCUUGAAGAGCGACCAGUCAAAGGUCGGGUUAAUUGAUUUUAAAGGAGACCAAGGUUCUGCUGUAAAGAGGAUCCAUCAGAAAGGAGACUCUCUUGAACCUGGACCCAGCUGUUUGUCCUUGAAGAGCGACCACUCAAAGGGCUGGUUAGUUAACUUUAAAGGAGACCAACGUUCUUCUUCAGAUAGAGUGGACCAGCAGAUCUCAGAGUCCCCCAGCGGUCCGUCUGUCCAGCAUCAUCAGACCCAGCUGGACUCCAUCUUUCAGCUGCUGGAGGACAACAUUGUCCUGUUUGUGAAGGACGAGCUGAAGAAGAUCCAGAAGGGUCUGAGUCCAGAUUACCCAGAAUCCGUAGAGCAUGUGUUGCAGGGUGAGGAUGAAGAGCAGAGGAGCAGAGCUGCGUUUGUGAAGAUCACAGUGAACUUCCUGAGGAGAAUGAAGCAGGAGGAGCUGGCUGAGCGUCUGCAGAGCAGUUCUUUUGCUGAAGUUUGUAAAAAGCGGCUGAAGUCUAAGCUGAAGGAGAAGUACCAGUGUGUUUCUGAGGGGAUUGCUAAAGCAGGAAACCCAACCCUUCUGGAGCAGAUCUACACGGAGCUCUACAUCACAGAGGGAGGGACCGGAGAGGUCAACGAUGAACAUGAAGUCAGACAGAUUGAAGCAGCUUCCAGGAAACUAGACAGAGCAGAAACAGCCAUCAGACAGGAAGACAUCUUUAAACCCCCACCUGGAAGAGAUGAACCAAUCAGAACGGUGACGACGAAGGGAGUGGCCGGCAUCGGGAAAACAGUCCUAACACAGAAGUUCAGUCUGGACUGGGCUGAAGGCAGAACCAACCUGGACAUCCAGUUCCUGCUUCCAUUCACCUUCAGAGAGCUGAAUGUGCUGAGAGAGGAGAAGUUGAGCUUGGUGGAACUUAUUCAUCACUUCUUCUCUGAAACUAGAGAAAUCUGCAGCUUUGAAGAGUUCCAGGUCGUGUUCAUCUUUGACGGUCUGGAUGAGAGUCGACUUCCUCUGAACUUCCACAACCAUACAAUCGUCAGUGACCCCAGAAGGUCCACCUCAGUGGACGUGCUGCUGACAAACCUCAUCAGGGGGAACCUGCUUCCUUCUGCUCGUCUCUGGAUCACCACACGACCCGCAGCAGCCAAUCAGAUCCCUCCUGAGGGUGUCUCCAUGGUGACGGAGGUCAGAGGGUUCACUAACCCACAGAAGGAGGAAUACUUCAGGAAGAGGAUCAGAGAAGAGGAGAAGACCAGCAGGAUCAUCUCCCACAUCAAGACAUCACGGAGCCUCCACAUCAUGUGCCACAUCCCAGUCUUCUGCUGGAUCACUGCUACGGUCCUGGAGAACGUCCUGGAGAACGUCCUGGAGAAUGUCCUGGAAACCAGAGAGGGAGGGAGGCUGCCCAAUACCCUGACUGAGAUGUACAUCCACUUCCUGGUGGUCCAGGCCAAACUGAAGAAGGUCAAGUAUGACGGAGGAACUGAGACGGAUCCACACUGGAGUCCAGAGAGCAGGAAGAUGGUGGAGUCUCUGGGAAAACUGGCUUUUGAGCAGCUGCAGAAAGGAAACCUGAUCUUCUAUGAAUCAGACCUGAGAGAGUGUGGCAUUGAUGUCAGAGAGGCUUCAGUGUACUCAGGAGUGUUCACCCAAAUCUUUAGAGAGGAGAGCAGCCUGUACCAGGACCAGGUCUUCUGCUUCAUCCAUCUGAGUGUCCAGGAGUUUCUGGCUGCUCUUCAUGUCCAUCAGACCUUCAUCAAGUCAGGAGUCAACCUGCUGGAGGAACAGAGAAACACAGAGACUGACCUCUAUCAGACAGCUGUGGACAAGGCCUUACAGAGUCCCAACGGACACCUGGACUUGUUCCUGCGCUUCCUCCUGGGUCUUUCACUGGAGACCAAUCAGAACCUCCUACGAGGUCUGCUGAAACCAGAACAAAGAAGAUCACAGAAUCAUCAGGAAACAGUUAAAUACAUCAAGAAGAAGAUCAGUGAGGAUCUAUCUGCAGAGAGAAGCAUCAACCUGUUCCACUGUCUGAAUGAACUGAACGAUCGGUCUCUGGUGAAGGAGGUCCAACAGUCCCUAGAGUCAGGACGUCUCUCCACAGAUAAACUGUCUCCUGCUCAGUGGUCGGCUCUGGCCUUCAUCUUACUGUCAUCAGAAGAAGAUCUGGAGGUGUUUGACCUGAAGAAGUUCUCAGCUUCAGAGGAGGCUCUACGGAGGCUGCUGCCGGUGCUCAAAGCCUCCAAGAAAGCUAAGUUGAGUGACUGUCACCUCUCAGGGAACAUCUGUGCAGAUCUGUCCUCAGUUCUCAGCUCUCAGUCCUCCAGUCUGACAGAACUGGACCUGAGCAACAACGACCUGCAGGAUUCUGGACUGGAGCAGCUGUGUCCUGGACUGGAGAGUCCAGACUGUAAACUGGAGUCUCUCAGGUUGGUGAUGUGCGGUCUGUCAGAGAUCAGCUGUUCUUCUCUGGGCCCAGCUCUGAAGUCCAACCCCUCCCAUCUGAAACAUCUGGACCUGGGCUGGAACAAGAACCUGCUGGAUUCAGGAGUGAAACAUCUGAGUGGAUUUCUGGAGAGUCCAGACUGCAGACUGGAGGAUCUGGGAUUGUGGGGCUGCAGGUUGUCAGAGAUCAGCUGUUCUUCUCUGGGCUCAGCUCUGAAGUCCAACCCCUCCCAUCUGAAACAUCUGGACCUGAGUCACAACGACCUGCAGGAUUCAGGAGUGAAACAUCUGUGUGGAUUUCUGGAGAGUCCAGACUGCAGACUGGAGACUCUGAGAUUGGUGCACUGCAGGUUGUCAGAGAUCAGCUGUUCUUCUCUGGUCUCAGCUCUGAAGUCCAACCCCUCCCAUCUGAAACAUCUGGACCUGAGUCAGAACGACCUGCAGGAUUCAGGAGUGAAACAUCUGUGUGGAUUUCUGGAGAGUCCAGACUGCAGACUGGAGACUCUGAGAUUGUGGGGCUGCAGUUUGUCAGAGAUCAGCUGUUCUUCUCUGGGCCCAGCUCUGAAGUCCAACCCCUCCCAUCUGAAACAUCUGGACCUGAGUCACAACGACCUGCAGGAUUCAGGAGUGAAACAUCUGAGUGGAUUUCUGGAGAGUCCAGACUGCAGACUGGAGAAACUGGAUUUGCAGAGCUGCAGUUUGUCAGAGAUCAGCUGUUCUUCCCUGGUCUCAGCUCUGAAGUCCAACCCCUCCCAUCUGAAAUUUCUGUACCUGAGUAACAACAACCUGCAGGAUGCAGAUGUGAAGCAGCUUUCUGAUCUGGUGCAGAGUCCAGACUACCAGCUGCAGCAUCUCGGGUAGAGAUGAUGAGAGUGACCAGGACGGACGAGUCGUGUCCUGAUCGUCCUCAGAGUUGAAGCAGAACCAGUUUGUGUGGACAGACUCUGACUGGACCGUGAUGAUGAUGAUGAUGAUGAUGAUGAUGAUGAUGAUGAUGAUGAUGAUGAUGGUGAUGAUGAUGAUGAUGAUGAUGAUGAUGAUGAUGAUGAUGAUGAUGAUGAUGUACAUAGUUUCAGCUCAGUUUGUUUCGGUCUUCCAGUGUUUUACAAACUUCUCAGAUAUUCAUGUAUUCCAGUGGCAGCUCUUGUAGUUUUCAAAACUGCAAAAUAGACAUAUACCAAAAAGCAGGAAAAUUAUGUACUAAAGUAUCACAUCUGUAUUUGAAUAAAUGAAAUCAACAAUAGCAACAUUAUAAUGACAUGCAGUGUUUUAUUUUCUGUACAUACAUUUUGUCACAAAUUCAUCAAUUUAAUAGAAUAGAGAGAUAUAAGGGGUAUUAAUCAGCUUUACAGUAUGUUAGAGCCAUAUAUGAACCGAGUGACUAUAUAAUUACAUUUUCUAAUAUUUGAUUUAACUGUAUGUUGUAUGUACGCUGUUUUUAAUAUCAGUCCGCAAGGUUCUUCAAUUCAAUUCAAUUCAACUUUAUUUAUAUAGCGUCUAAUACAACAGAUGUUGUCUCUAGAUGCUUUUCAGAGAUCCAGAACAUGAACAUAAACAUAAACCCCCGAGCAAUUAUUACAUAAACAAUGGCAGGUAAAAACUCCCCUAGUGGGAGAAAAACCUUAAGCCAAACAGUGGCAAGAAAAACUCCCCUUUAGGAGGAAGAAACCUUGAGCAGGACCAGGCUCAUCAGGGGGGACCCUCCUGCCGAGGGCCAGACUGGUGGGUCAGGGACGUCAGCAGCACAGCAGGCAGGUGGAAGCAGCA